GUGUGCGGAAAGCGUGUUUCUGUUCCGGUAGUUACUAUCAUGCCGAAAGUGAAGACGAAGCUGCGGUCGCGGCAGCAGCGCCGGGAAGCCAAAGGAUCGGGACCGGGACCGGGACCGGGACCAGGCAUCCGGUUCAACACUGGACUUGGUCAGCAUAUUUUGAAAAAUCCCCUCAUUGUUAAUAACAUUGUAGAAAAGGCUGCUUUGCGUCCUACAGAUGUUGUUCUAGAAGUUGGUCCUGGCACUGGGAACAUGACAGUGAAAAUGUUAGAAAAAGUGAAAAAGGUCAUUGCUUGUGAGCUUGAUAUAAAGCUGGUUGGAGAACUCCAGAAGAGAGUCCAGGGCACACCUUUGGCUAGCAAACUUGAAAUAAAGAUCGGAGAUGUAUUGAAAUCUGAUCUGCCUUUCUUUGAUGCUUGUGUGGCUAACUUGCCUUAUCAAAUUUCUUCACCUUUUAUUUUUAAGCUGUUGCUACAUCGUCCUUUCUUCAGGUGUGCAGUACUUAUGUUUCAGAAAGAGUUUGCUCUUCGUCUGGUUGCCAGGCCAGGUUCUCCGCAGUACUGCAGGCUUUCUGUUAAUACUCAGUUAUUAGCCCGUGUUGAUCAUCUGAUGAAAGUUGGAAGAAAUAACUUUAAGCCGCCACCCAAAGUUGAAUCCAGUGUUGUAAGGAUAGAACCCAAAAACCCACCACCACCAAUCAACUUCCAGGAAUGGGAUGGUCUACUAAGGAUAGCCUUCGUCAGGAAAAACAAAACUCUUUCAGCAGUUUUUAACUCAAAUGCGGUGAAGCGACUGCUGGAACAGAAUUACCGGAUUCACUGCUCGCAAAAUAAUUUGAAAAUUCCUGAAAAUUUCAGUAUUGGAAAUUUAAUUCAAGGAAUCUUACGUGACACCAGUUACUCGGAAAAACGUGCCCGGGUAAUGGAUAUCGAUGACUUCAUCAGAGUUCUGCAUGGAUUCAAUGCAGAAGGAAUCCACUUCUCAUAAAGGAAAAUUACUUUUGCUGGGAUGAAAUGAAUUACACAUAUGAAGAUGAUACUGGAAUUCCACUCAUGUUGAGUAUAAACUAUUAUGGGCAGGUGUAGCCAGCUGCUUUCAAUUAUGUACAUUGACAAGAUAAAAAGAAAAAAUUGCAGUUGCAGUGUGGUGAAAAGUCUCAUCCUGAACCUUAGCUUAGAUGGUUGCUGGAGCAUGCACACUAAAUCAUUGUGUCCAGUUUGGUACUCAUUUAGCCUCCAAGAACAUUUAUUCUGAGGAAUGGAGCCACUAAACCCACAGAUGGCAGGUGAUCCUAUUGUAUGCUGCACCCAAUACACAGAUUAUUAAUGCAGUUAUGUUAGUCUCUAGGACAAAGCAUAAGUGCCAACACUGUUGCCUUUGAGCUUAGUUCCCUUACAAAUGUUCUCACUUAAUGAGGUGUUCAAAUUUUUAAUCACAUAUUUUGUGUACCCUAUUAUGUACUGUAAUGAGAAAUCUAUUUUAUAUGAGGUUUUUAAGUUGUAUCUUCAAUAAAUAUUCCACCUUUUAAAAA